AUGAGUAUAAAUGGCUGCCACAUGUGGAUUACGGCCCAUCAUUUCAAAAAGACAGCUAGAANAUCUGAAAUCAAAGACAUGAUGGAGUUAAAAUUGACAAUUCUUUCAACAAUUCUUCUUCUUCUCACUCUUUCCAACACGCGGCACACUGAAGCCAUUGUUGUUCCGAUGGAGAAACUGGAAGAGAACGUGUUCGUUGUUGGAGAUGAGGAUGAGGAUGGUGAUGAAAGUGGCAAUGUGGAUUCCACAAGAGUUCCGAUCGAGUCUCCAGAUUGGGAUCGCAAUAAUGGGAUUGAAGAUAUGAGGAAGGAGAGAACAGAAGUAGUGUUGCUUCCAGCAGAUUGGAGAAGAGUCUGGUCGGAUUUUAAAAGAGGUCUGAGUCGACUUGAAAAAAAAAGAUCGAAGAGUUCCAAAUCCUAUUCUAAUUAG